AUGAAGUUUAUUCUGACUGUUCAUCGCAAGUUCAUCGAACUCGGCACAGUAUGCUGCGGUAGGCAGUGGCAUAUACAACCUCCCGAGAGCUCCAAGCCCCAACCACCAGAAAGUGGAGCGGUCAAAGCUCUGCGUUUUGUCUUUGCGCGUAGACCACACAACGCCACACGCAUCCCCGUUAGGCGUGAUCUGUACAGCAUUCUCGACUUGAUUUGUGUUUCGACGACACCCCAUCCUCGACGAGAAAUGAUAAUCAAGCACGAUGAAUUGCCGUCUUUGCCGUAUCGCCCGCCUAAUGGCGCGCCACCAUCAGGGUCCGACAUGCUCAAGAAGGUGUCGUUGCUCAUCAAGACGGCCAGAGGCAACGCGGACUUGCUGCACGAUUCGCUUGUGAACUCAGAGAGUCCGCGAGACCUCAGGUCAGAUAUUGUUCAGAUGCCAUGGGUAGCAGCAGAAGCCAGGAAACGUCGUGGCCCGAACGGGGCUGCUGCAAGUGUUUACGUCAAGGAAUUGCUAGCAGUCGACGGACAAUUGCUCUCGGUGCUACAGCUGUAUGACGACCUUAUCCGCGUUGGCUAUAACCAACAAGCACAGCAACGCGUCAAGGAUGAGCAUGCUCUCCGUAUGUUGGCCACCUCUGGCAUGAGCGGUUUGUCCUUGGAUGACGCAUCUUCGCGGCGGAACGGAUCGCAACAACCUGAAUCCUCGACAUCGACCCAGCGCAGCGAACUCGAAAGACUGUUCGUGCUUUCUCAAACAGGACUGGGAAACGCCGACCUGUUGCGUGAUCUCCUUGUGAAAGCGCAGCCUGCGGAUGUCGAAGGUCCGCUUAUACAAGAAUUCUUGAAGGCAUGCAAAGACUCUCAAAACGAGAUCUUCGAACAGAUCCGCUGGGCAGAUGUUGAGGCUGCCCGGUCUCGGCAGAAUUCGCAUUGCUCGACGUCCACUCGGGAGGAGCAGCUCCUGGAGAGUCUGCUGAAGACGGAUAAUGCACUCACGCAAGCCCUCAAGAUGUAUGAUGAUCUGGUGCGGGAUGGUACUGUGACUGCAGGCGAACUACAAGCGUCAACGUCUAGUGCUGGGUCAAGACAUGACCCACAAAGUGUUGCUGAACUAUGUCGCAAUGCCCGCGGUAACGCCGAGGUUCUGCAGGAAGCGCUGGCCCAUGCUAUGCCGAGCGAUCUCAAUGGAGAACUUAUUCAGGUAUGGAUACCAUUUUCAACUCAAUCGGGAUUGUACGUACUCAUGUUCGAAUUUCAGGAGUUCUACACCAACUGUCAAGCUUCCCAGAGGCAAAUCUUGGACAAGGUUCCUUGGGCUACGACAGAAGCAGAGGGUGAUCUUCUGGGCGAGCUCUUGCAGGCCGUCGAGGAGGUGAACAAAGUGUUGCAUCAGUACGAUAUUAUCAAGGCUGGGAAACGUCCUGUGCAAUCGCACAGCAUCGAACAAGGACCUGAGGCGUCUCAAGCACAAAGAUCCCAAACGGAACACGACGCUCAAUGGGGAUCAGUCAAGGCAGAUUUUGGCAGCAAUCUUCCUCCACUUACGUCUCAGGAUAGAUCCAAGUUCUCGAAGAUCUUCCUCGGAAACAACCCUCAGAAUGGUGCCUUGAGCGGCAAGCGAGUCCGAGACUUACUGCUGAAGUCGAGAUUGCCACCCGCGACGCUGUCGCAGAUAUGGGAUCUAGCAGACAUCCAACGCCGUGGCGUCCUCGACGUUGGUGACUUUAUCGUUGCCAUGUACCUUGUCCAGGCUUGCAUGAAUAGGCAACUUACGUCCAUCCCGGAUUUUCUCCCUACGGAAAUAUAUGAGCAAGCACACGGUCAAGUGCAUAGCGGGAUAUCUGACCAUUCCAACGGCAGUCCACAGCUAGGUCGUUCUCGUAGUGCAUCAUCGCCAGCCACAAGCCCCAUAGAGGGACUUGUAGUACCCACGGAGACUAAGGCACAUGCAGAUCGUAUCUUCGAUACGCUGGAUGCCAAAAGCACGGGUCAGGCACAGGGAUACGUUGUUGUUUCCUUCAUGCUGAAGUUGGGUUUGUCCAUGGAUGUCUCCAAUCACAUCAUGGUCUUGGCGGAUUUUGACAAGAAAGGCUACCUCACGCGGAAUGAGUUCGCCAAGGCCAUGACGCUCGUCGACAUGAACAAGGCGGGCGAAGCGCUACCAGGUGCUUCGUCUACAUCAACAUUGCACAAUGAUGUACCCCCUGUCGCCAGUUCCAGUUCCUCGCAACGUCGACGCCAGAUCAAGAGCUCGCUCAUAGACUUCGAUGCACCAGUUGACGCGCCGCUUGCGGAGUCCUCAACAUCGUCAACUGACGUUGGUGCUGCCUCGUCUAGAUUUGCGAUAGACACACAGUCACGCCCACCCGAGACAACGGGCACAUCAGUGCCACCCUCUCCGUUCUAUGUGUCACCUUCGCGGCUCACGCCUGAACCUUCGAUGUCAUCGUCGGGCUCAGAUCAUCCGGGAGGAUGGGCUAUCAACCCCGUGUCGAAGGCGCGGUUCGACAAAUUCUUCGAUACUCUCGAUCCUUGGAAGAGGGGCUACAUUGAGGGAGCAGCCGCCGUCCCUUUUUUCUCGAAGUCUCAGCUGCCGGACAACGACAUGGCUGCGAUCUGGGACCUCGCUGAUAUCAAUCACGACGGCAAGCUCACGCGGGAUGAGUUCGCGGUCGCGAUGCAUCUGAUACUGAAGCGGACACGUGGUGCCGAGAUCCCCAGUACGCUCCCGCCCUCGUUGGUUCCACCGUCCUUGCGAUCGCCUCCACCGAGUCAAUCUCGAAGUCCAAGCUAUGAAUCGCCGCCCUCCAACCCCCCUCCGUCGCUGGAGAUCGCUCCUCGUUCCGAGACGCCUCCCCCACCGUAUGAAGCCGUCGCUGGGAACAUUGUGUAG